AUGGCAAAUUCAGCACUAGUGUGGUUAGCAUCGGUGUGCCUUGUGUUCAAUAUCUUGUUCCUUCCAUUCCUAGCAUUGGGCUUAUCUUCUUGUGGUGGCUCAUGUCAAACACUUAAUGACUGUGAAGGUCAGCUCAUUUGCAUCAAUGGUAAAUGUAACGACGAUCCCGAGGUCGGAACUCACAUAUGUGGAGGAAACUCGAGUACCCCUUCCCCUCCACCCCCCAGUACCUGCCAGCCCUCGGGAACUCUUGCGUGCAAGGGCGGAAAACCCAAAAAUACCUACACAUGCUCUCCUCCGGUUACCUCCUCCACGCCUGCCGUUCUAACUAACAAUAAUUUUGAAAAAGGAGGGGACGGUGGAGGCCCAUCCGCUUGCGACAACAACUACCAUGACAAUUCAGAGCGCAUCGUAGCAUUGUCAACUGGGUGGUAUAAUGGGGGAUCCCGGUGUGGAAAGAUGAUCAGGAUAACGGCUCAAAAUGGGAGGAGCGUGUUGGCCAAAGUGGUGGAUGAGUGUGACUCCAUGCACGGCUGUGACAAAGAGCAUGCAGGUCAGCCCCCCUGUGAUAAUAACAUAGUUGAUGGAUCUAAUGCUGUGUGGAAUGCUUUGGGGCUGGAUAUCAAUAUUGGUGAAGUGGACGUUACUUGGUCCAUGGCUUAGGUAUAUGGUUGAAUGGUUACUUGGUUUUUGUGUGUACGUACGUACCCUCCUCUUUGUGUUCCCCUCUCUACUUUGGUUUGUAUGGCUCCGCCAAGCACUAUUUUUAUGUAAUUUUGCAGCAAUAUAUGCAUGCACUGAAAUAAAACUGGAAGGCACCAGCCCAGUGCCACCAGAAUCCCAUUAAGUGGUUUGA